UUGGGCUCCAUGGGAGCCCUUGUUGGGAAGCUAGACAUGUUGCUGCUAGCUCCUCCUCGGGGAUGCUCCUCCAAGAGGGUCAAGGACGGGAUGUGCCUCCUCAAAGAAGAUAUUGAAGAGAUAAGUUCCUACCUUGAUGAACUGUCAGAGCUGGAGGUCCCUCCCCCGAUGGCCAAGUGCUGGAUGAAUGAAGCGCGCGACCUGUCUUACGACAUGGAGGAUUACAUUGACAGCUUAUUGUCUGUGCCAUCUGUCCGUCUCAACAACAAAAACAGCAUGAAGAAGAAGAAAAUGAAGAAGCAGAAGUUAAUUACCAAUCAUGUUAAGAUUCCCAAGAGGCUGAAGUGGUGCAAGCGAAUAACAUAUGUGUCUCAAGUAUCAGAACAUGGAAACACCAGACCAGUCUGCAGAAACAUUCAUGUCAUUAUCACUAAUCGUCUUCCCAAGAGGCCCAAAAACAUUGCGGCGCCUGAAAUGAUAUCAGAAUUCAGGAUCUAUAUCCGAGAAGCAAUUGAACGGCACGACAGGUACAAACUCUAUUGCUGCAGCACCUUGAGGCAUACAUUCCUGUCCAGUGGCCAUAUGCUUCCAGCGCCAUAUGAUGAAACUACCCAAAUAGUAAUAGAUUGCCGGAUGAAUGAGUUUAUCAACUCACAGUCACUGGCGGCUAACAAUGCAGCAGAUCAGCAGCAGCUCAAGGUGGUAUCUGUACUUGGAUCUGGAUGUCUGGGUAAAACUACACUUGCCAAAGUGUUGUACAACCGGAUUGGCAUGCAGUUCGAUUAUAGAGCUUUCAUUCGGGUGUCCAAAAAACCUGAUAUGCAGAGACUUUUCAACGACUUGCUCUCACAAUUCCACCAUAAGAAGCAGCCAGAACCUGCCAAUUAUAAUGAGCUUGGCAUCAGUGAGAACAUCAACAAACAUCUGCAAGAUAAAAAGUAUCUAAUUGUUAUUGAUGAUUUGUGGGAUGCAUCAACAUGGGAUAUUCUUAAAUAUGCUUUUCCGAAGGGAAACAGUCGCAGCAGAAUAAUAAUAACUACUCAGAUUGAAGAGGUUGCAUUAACAUGUUGCUGUGUUCAACAUGUUUUCGAGAUGAAACCUCUCGACAAUGAACACUCAAGGAAACUAUUCUUUAACAGGCUUUUUGGUUCUGAAAGUUACUGUCCUGAAGAAUUCAAACUGAUUUCAAACGAAAUUGUUGAUAUAUGCGGUGGUUUGCCGCUUGCGACAAUCAACGUAGCUAGUCAUUUAGCAAACCAGCAGACAGCCAUAUCCAUGAAUUUGCUGACACAUGCACGUGAUUGGCUGAGAUCCCAGUUCUGGUCAAACUCUAAUUCAGAAAGAACGAGACAUGUACUGCUCCUCAGCUACAAUAAUCUUCCUCGGUAUCUCAAGACAUGCCUGCUGUAUUUUAGAAUGUAUCCAGAGGGAUCCAUAAUUUGUAAGGAUGAUCUGGUGAAGCAAUGGGUGGCUGAAGGGUUUAUCGCUACAAGAAGAGGGAAAGGGAAAGAUCAAGAAGUAAUGGAGAAUGCCGCAGGAAUAUAUUUCGAUGAACUUAUUGAUAGAAGAUUCAUCCAACCUUUUCAUAUCAACUACAACAAUAAGGUGUUUUUCUGCACAGUUCAUGACGUGGUACAUGAUCUCAUUGCACAGAAGUCUGCAGAAGAGAAUUUCAUUGUGGUAGUAGAUUACAAUCGAAAGAAUAUAGCACUUUCUUAUAAGGUCCGUCGACUAUCUCUCGUGUUUGGCGAUGCAGAAUAUGCCAAGACACCAGCAAACAUCAGAAGGUCACAAGUUCGCUCACUUAGAUUUUUUGGAUUAUUCAAAUGUAUGCCUUGUAUUAGAGAGUUCAAGAUUCUCCGUGUUCUAAACCUUCAACUAUCUGGUCAUCGUGGCAACCAUGUCCCAAUAGACCUCACUGGAAUUUCAGAACUGUUUCAGCUGAGAUAUUUGCAGAUUGCAAGUGAUGUCUGCAUACAACUACCAAACCGUAUGAGAGGGCUGCAACAGUUGGAAACGCUGGAUGUUAUGGAUGCAACAAGAGUUACUGCUGUUCCAUGGGAUAUUAUACAUCUCCCACACUUGUUGCACCUUACUCUUUCAGUUGACAAAAAUCUGCUGGAUUGGAUUGGCACCAUGAGUGACUAUGUCAUCGGUCAGUGGAGCCUCGGCAAGCUGAACUACCUGCAGGAUAUUCAUCUUACCAGUUCUUAUUCGCAGCCUUCCUACCAUCUGGAUAGAAGCAUGGAAACUCUGGGUUCUUUAGUCGGAGGACAUUGUAGCCUGAAAACUGUAGUAGUGGCUCAGGGCUCCUCAGUUAAAAAUACCGUGGCUCUUCGAUCUUCUAAAGUAAUCAUUCCAUGGGAUCACAUGGCACCUCCCCCCCUUCUCCAGAGAUUUGAAUUCUCGCCACACAGCUGCUGCAUGUUCUCACAAAUACCUCCUUGGGUUGAGAAACAUCGCAACUUAUGCAUUUUAAAGAUUCCAGUGAGGGAACUGAAGGUGUGUUGUGUUGAUAUUCUCAGAGGAUUGCAUGCCCUCACUGAUCUGUCGCUGUAUGUGGAGACAGCGCCUAAUCACAAGAUCAUCUUUGACAAGGUGGCCGGGUUUUCAGUUCUCAAAUACUUCAAGUUGAGGUGCAGGAGUGGUAUACCUUGCCUAAAAUUUGAGGCAGAUUCAAUGCCUAAUCUCUGGAAGCUCAAGCUAGCUUUCAAUGACGUCCCUCGAAUGGACCAACAUGAACUUAUCCGCAUAGAGCAUAUGCCAGAUCUUAAGGAGAUCUCGGUGAUAUUUGGGGUUGCAGCUCAUAUAGAGCAUGCCAUGGGGACCGUAGUUAGUAAUCAUCCGAGCAAUCCUAAAAUGAACAGGCAAUUGGUAGAUUAUAGUUCCUGUGGGCAGGAAGGCACAAAGCACAAACAAGAACCAGAUGAGAUUCUGGAGAAAAAAACAAAUGAAUACGGCAAGAGAUUGGAGAGACCAGACGAUUUUUUGACACUGGACAGACCAGCUGAUAAAAGGAUUUCCACGUCACUGGAGCCCUCUUCAGGCCAGCAUGUUCCAGAAAUUACUCCAAAACUUGCGCAAAUAACAGGCGGUGGUGAUGAGCGUCGGGAGCACAUGUUCGACAAGGAGCUGAUACCGAGUGAUGUGGGGAUGCUGAACCGUCUGGUGAUCCCAAAGAAGCACGCGGAAAAGUACUUUCCGCCGGAUGUGGCGUCGAACGAGAAGGGCCUUGAGCUCAGGUUCGAGGACAGAGGGGGCAAGCUCUGGUGCUUCCGCUACUCCUUCUGGAACAGCAGCCAGAGCUACGUCAUGACCAAGGGAUGGAGCCGCUUCGUCAGGGAGAAGUGCCUCAAGGCUGGCGACACCAUUUACUUCAGCCGUGCCAUCAAGGGGGGCACGACGGGAAGGCUCUUCAUUGACUCCAGGAGGCGCGGCGAGAUUUCAGCGAUGGCACCCAUCAUGCCAGCGCCUGCUUCACGAGACGUCGAGUGUGAUGCUGGCAGUUCCAUCUCUUGCCUGACGCAAUUGUCAGAAUCAUAA